AUGGGAAAAAAUUCAACAAGUAAUAAUAAUGAUACAAAAUUUGUUAAUUUAGCUUCAUUAUAUUUUCUUAUUGGUUCAAUAUCAACAUCAUCAAUAGCAUCAUACAUUAUUUGUACCCGACCAUCUUGUCGUGCUAAAACAAAUAAUGCAAGUUAUAAAAAGAAUGUUCUUUUUUCUGGAACAAAUAUUGCAACAGGAAAAUGUCGAGGUGUUGUUGUUGGUACUGGUUUGAAUACGGAAAUAGGUAAAAUUCAAUCUGUUAUGGCCGAUACCGAAGAAGAAAAAACACCAUUACAACAAAAAUUGGAUGAAUUUGGAGAACAAUUAUCGAAAGUAUGUACUAUCAUAUGUGUAGCAGUAUGGUUAAUCAAUAUUGGUCAUUUCAAUGAUCCUGUUCAUGGUGGUUCAUGGCUUCGUGGCGCUAUUUAUUAUUUUAAGAUUGCAGUUGCUCUUGCUGUUGCUGCAAUUCCUGAGGGUUUACCAGCUGUCAUUACGACUUGUCUUGCAUUAGGAACACGUCGAAUGGCAAAAAAGAAUGCUAUUGUUCGUUCAUUACCAUCCGUUGAAACACUUGGCUGUACAUCAGUUAUUUGUUCGGAUAAAACAGGAACAUUAACAACAAAUCAAAUGUCUGUUUGUCGUAUGUUUGUAUUUAACAAAACCGAUACAAAUGAUUUACAAAUUGAACAAUUCGAAAUAUCUGGUUCAACCUAUGAACCUAAAGGCGACGUUCUUUUGAAUGGUAUGAAAUUUCAUUGUUCAGAUCGUAGUGGAUUAAUUGAGUUAGCUGAAUGUGCAGCAUUAUGUAAUGAUUCAUCAUUAGAUUAUAAUGAAACAAAAAAAAUUUUUGAAAAAGUUGGUGAAGCAACUGAAACAGCCUUAACUGUUCUGGUUGAAAAAAUGAAUGUAUUCAACACGGAUAAAUCUUGUUUAUCAUUACAUGAAUUAGCUAUGGCAUCAAAUACAAUCAUUCAUCAAAAAUAUCAUAAAGAAUUUACAUUAGAAUUUUCACGUGAUCGAAAAUCAAUGUCAACUUAUGUGACAACAGCAGCAAAAGCUUUAAGUGGUAGUAAUCAAUCAUCAGCGAAAAUGUUUGUUAAAGGUGCACCUGAACCUGUUAUUGAUCGAUGUACACAUAUUCGAUGUGGAACACAAAAGUUACCCAUGACAUCACAAAUUAAACAAGAAAUAUUGCAUUUAGUUCAUCAGUAUGGUACAGGUCGUGAUACAUUACGUUGUUUAGCAUUAGGUACUAUUGAUAAUCCACUACGAAGAGAAGAUAUGGAUUUAGAAGAUGCAAAAAAAUUUGUUACCUAUGAAACUGAUAUAACAUUUGUCGGUGUUGUUGGUAUGCUUGAUCCACCACGUGCUGAAGUUCAUGAAGCUAUCACUCGAUGUCGUAAUGCUGGUAUUCGUGUUAUUAUGAUCACUGGUGAUAAUAAAAAUACAGCUGAAGCUAUUUGUCAUCGUAUUGGUAUUUUUCAUGAAUUGGAAGAUACACGAGGUAAAGCAUUUAGUGGUCGUGAAUUCGAUGACCUUUCAAAUGAAGAACAAUCCGAAGCUUGUCGUCAUGCAAAAAUGUUUGCACGUGUUGAUCCAGCACAUAAAUCCAAGAUUGUUGAAUAUUUACAAUCACAUGGUGAAAUAACAGCAAUGACAGGCGAUGGUGUUAAUGAUGCACCCGCUUUGAAAAAAGCCGAAAUUGGUAUUGCAAUGGGUUCUGGUACAGCUGUUGCUAAAACAGCCUCAGAAAUGGUUUUAGCUGAUGAUAAUUUUUCAUCGAUUGUCGCUGCUGUUGAAGAAGGUCGAGCUAUUUAUAAUAACAUGAAACAAUUUAUUCGUUAUUUGAUAUCAUCAAAUAUUGGAGAAGUCGUCUGUAUCUUUUUAACAGCUGCACUUGGUUUACCCGAAUCAUUAAUUCCAGUUCAAUUACUUUGGGUUAAUUUAGUAACUGAUGGUUUACCAGCAACAGCACUUGGUUUUAAUCCACCUGAUUUGGAUAUUAUGGAACGUUCACCACGAAAAUCAAAAGAAUCAUUAAUAACUCCAUGGCUUUUCUUUCGUUAUUUAGCCAUUGGAACUUAUGUUGGCUUUGCUGUCGUUUGGAGUGCAACAUGGUGGUCAAUGCAUGCUAGUAAUGGUCCGCAUCUUUCUUAUUGGCAUUUGAAAAAUCAUUUUAAAUGUCGUGCUGGCGGUAAAGAAUGGGAAGGUAUUACUUGUUCCGUUUUUGAUGAUCCACAUCCAAUGACAAUGGCACUUUCAGUACUUGUUACUAUUGAAAUGUUAAAUGCACUUAAUAGUUUAUCUGAAAAUCAAUCUCUUCUUAAAAUGCCACCAUGGAUAAAUAAGUAUCUAUUAUAUGCAAUUACUUUAUCAAUGUCUUUACAUAUGAUGAUUCUUUACAUUCCAAUGUUUAAUACUGUUUUUCAAAUAUGUCCACUUUCGUUAGAAGAAUGGUUGGCUGUUAUAAAAAUCUCUUUACCGGUUAUAUUACUCGAUGAAAUACUCAAAUUUAUUGCACGACAAUAUAUUGAUCGUGGUCUAAAAUCAAAACCGAUGUUACCCGAUGUAAUGUCAAUAUUUAAAAGUGAUUUACCUCCAAUCGAUAAAAUAUCAAAUCAUCACGCAGCUCACAUUGACUAG